AUGAAGGCCGACACGAAGCGCCAGGAGCUCCAGGAACCCAGCAUGACGAGGACAAUAGUCCGGAGUGUGGGGGGCUUUGUCCUCGGCCUGUCCUUGGCCACAGUCUAUGGGACCCUGGAGCUAGUGGUAGAAGGACGCAGCCCUUGGGGGUGCCUGGUGGGCACCUUCACCUUGGCGAUCUUCCUUGGCCUGGGCAUGGGCUUCUCUCGCCAGGUCCGAGUCUCUGUUCUCCUGGUGCUACCCCAGGCCUUUUCCAAGCAUGGCCGGAUGCUGUUCUUGGUACUCGCCUUUGGAUUGGUGCUGCAGGGCCCUUGUGCCAACACCCUUCGCAACUUCACCCGGGCCAGUAAGGCUGUGGCCUGUGGAGCAGAACUGGCCUUGAAUCAGACAGCCCAAGCACUGCUGCGAGCCCGGCAACCCCUCGUCAGCGCCCUGAACAAGAUCAAAGCCAUCGUGAUGAAGGCCAAGGAGGUGGCCGACUGCGUGCGCAAGUUCUUCCGCUCCAUCAUGGAUGGCGUGAAGCACGUAGCCAGGGCCCUGCGGAACGUGUGGUACUGGCUCCUGCACAUCGGAGACGUGUGCAACGCGGAGCUGGGCAACCCCUAUAUAAAGUGUGCACAAGUCUUCGACAAUGCCAAGGACCAGUGCAUGCAGCUCAUCCCCAGAGCCUACUACCUGUGCUACGUGCUUACACCUUUCAAGUUGGUGCUGUGUGGGUUGGCCAGCGUGGUCCAGGUGUUCUGUGUGAUCCCGCAGUACGUCCAGCCCUUCCUGCGUGAGACCAUCGGCACCCAUCCUGGGGGUCCCCCCAAACCUCCUGGGCUCUUCCCUGCUCCUCGCUCACCACUGCCCUGGUCCUACUGGCCAGCUGUGAUAAAACUCAUUAACCGCGUGCGGCGGGAGUUCGAAUUCAACAUGACGGCCACGCAUCAUUUCUCCGUGGACCUCAAUGCCUCGCGGAGCCUGUCACAGGUGGCGCUGGACCUGCAGGAGGCCGUGGGCCUGAAGGUGCACCGUGUGCGGGAGAUGCUGGCGCUCAGGGGCAACAGCACCCCGCUGCUGCUCAUGUUGCUCUACCUCCAAGCUCUGUUCUACCGGUACCGGUACUUGAACUGGGACCAUUUUGACAACGUCUACAUUACCAACCGCUUCCUGAGUAUGGAGGCCCGUCGUGCCAAAGCCGGGCUGCCCACUGUGCUGCCCCUCAGCUCCCAGGAGGCGAAGCACUACAUCCAGCCGGGAUUCCUUCUUCAGAGAACAGAGCUGGGGUGGGAACAGACGCUCUACUUCCUGGACACCCUUCAUCUUAUCCGCCAUCUCCUCCUGGCACUACUGCUGGUCUUCCUGGACUAUGCCGUCUUCUGGGUGCUAGACCUGGCACGGUACCACCUGCAGGGAGAGAUCGUGGCCCGAAGCCCUGUACUGGUCUCCAUAAAGGUGAAAGGUGAAGGCUACACAGGAACCAUUUUUCAGGACCUGGUGUCGGCCUUCGAGGUCUUGCAGCGAGGUAACAUCAGUGUCUUGUCUCGCCGCUGCCUCCUGCAGCCCUCGGAGCCUGACUCCACUAGCUACAUCGUUAUAGGUGCCAUGUACGGAAUGUGUUUCUUCGUCACUCUGUUUGGCAGCUAUAUCAGCCGGUUGAGGCGGGUCAUCUGUGCCUUUUACUACCCGUCCAGGGAGCAGGAGAGGAUCUCUUAUCUCUACAAUGUGAUUCUGAGCCGCCGAAACACUCUGUCUGCUGCUCUGCAACGCACGGUACUGAGGCGGGCAGCUGACCAGGGUUAUAUGAGUGCCUUCCAGGUGCUGGCCCAGAGUACCCCAGGCUGCAAAGGUCUCUUCUGCCUCACUUGUUUUGGCCUCCUGGACAACACCUGCCCUGUGUGCUCUGCCCCGCUCUCUUACCAGGGAAGAGUGGACCCGGAGGGGGACUCCAGCGAGGAGGAAGGACCUGGGCUCUGGUCUGCCAUGGCUCCGAGGAAGAGCCCAGAGCAAGAGUGGCUGCUGGGGGAGGCACCCCCCAGAGCAGGCAGCCCUAAGUGGGCCUCCAGCUCUGAGUCCAGGUGA